AAGAUUCAGCUGGAGGGGCUCGAUGACAUCGUGGCCUUGGCUCGCUUCCACUUGGGGGCGACUGUGCAUGGUACAAAGUCCUUCAAGCUUCCCAUGGCCAAUGGGGGGCUUUACUGUGGGCGUCUGCACCGCGAUUUCAGAGAGGGCAGGGCCAGGCUGUUGCGUGGCCGAGCUUUAGAUCUUCGGAGCGCCUAUAAACAGCUUGCUAGGCACCCCAAGGAUGAUUGGGCUUCAGUUCUGGGCGCGCUGGACAUGGACUCUAACCGGGUCGUGUACUUCGAGAGCUUAGCAUUGCCUUUCGGCGCCAGCAGCGCUGUUACAGGUUUCAACAGAGCCGCUCGGGCUCUGCGCAUCAUCAUGUCCCGGCUCCUGUAUCUUGUCAGCACUUCUUUCUUCGAUGACUACUGCCAAUUGGAGGUUGAUGCUUUGACAGGCUCUGCCGACCAGACAGCGCUUGAACUUUUGUCCUUGUUGGGAUGGGAGGAAGCGCAGAAGGGCUUGAUCAGGGUCAGGAACAAACCCGGCCGGGUCGAUGACGUUCUAGACUUGUUCAACUGCCUGCGUGAGGACCCUGUUGCCAAUGCACGCAUCUUGCCUUCUCUGAAGGGUAAGCUCCUCUUUGCCUCGUCGCAUGUUUUUGGUCGGUGCGCGCAAGUUGCCACGCAGAUGAUUAAUCAUGCAGAGAAACAAUCUGGGGCAAAAGUUACGCAGCAAGUGUUGGACGCCGUUGAGCGUGCCGUGGACAUGCUUAAAGCGUCGGGGGACCGUCAGGUCAACCUGUGGUCCGAACAGCCGCCCAUUAUGCUGUUCACGGAUGGCGCCUGUGAGGAGGUGGGAUCCUUGGUCACCCAUGGCGCGGUGCUUAUUGAUCCUGCUUCUAACACUCGUGAGUUUUUCGGGGGACACGUUCCCAAAGAGCUGGUCGACUUGUGGAGGAGCUCGGGAAGGACCCAGCUUAUCUUCUACACGGAGAUUUUCCCG